CGUUCACUGCGAUGACCUCAUCCCUGGUGUGGGAUGACGUCAAAUUCAAGAUGGAUGGAAUCACGGCGGUGGCGGCAGCGCGCGCGGGUGAAUCGUAAAAGGAGGCGGCCGGAGAGUGGGGGGGAAGGAAGGGGGGAGCCUGUCCAGCGGCGGAGAAGGUGAGUAGCGGGCCCCAGUUCCUGCCUGCUCAAGGCGGGUCUCCCCCCACCCUGCACAAAGGCGUGGGUUUCCCCAUGCACAAAGGCGUCUUUUCCUGACGUAACUCUGAGUACAAUCUUAUGCAUGUCAACUCUAAAGUAUGCCCCAUAGACUUCAAAUGGGCUUACUCCCAGAUCAUCUGAGAUGCAGACCUGAAAGUAACUGCAAAUUAAGGAAGAAAUGGAAUCCUGAAUCUUUCUGUUGUUUUUGAGCAUAUUCUAAAUUCAAGAAGAGAGAAGGAAGGUCUUAUGGUAUACCUAAAUCAUGGAGGGACUCUUGCAUUAUAUAAAUCCAGCACAUGCUAUUUCUCUCCUAAGUGCUUUAAAUGAGGAACGACUAAAAGGGCAACUUUGUGAUGUUGUUCUUAUAGUGGGAGACCAAAAAUUUCGAGCUCAUAAAAAUGUUCUGGCUGCCAGCAGUGAAUAUUUUCAGUCUCUGUUCACUAAAAAAGAAAAUGAGUCUCAAUCAGUGUUUCAGCUUGACUUUUGCGAACCAGAUACUUUUGACAAUGUAUUAAACUACAUUUACUCAUCAUCCUUGUUUGUUGAGAAAAGCAGCCUUGCUGGUGUGCAAGAAGUGGGCUACAGUCUUGGGAUUUCCUUUCUUACUAACAUUGUUUCCAAAAGUCCUCAAAUUCCAUUGCCUGCAUGUCCUAUUAAGAAAAUAUUUUUCCAAGAGGAUGAUGAAAGCAGUUCCCAGAAAAGAAGUGUCAUAGUUUGUCAGAGCAAAAAUGAUGCACAGGGAAAAAAUGUUGGUCAAACCUCACAUGAUGUAAGCCAUAAUUCUAAGUCCUCGUCCUCAGUUGCUGUCAAACCUAAGCGGCCACAAUCUACACAGCCAACUGAGUUUCUACAUAGCUUAUCGCAAAAUGAAAGGAGAUGGCUGAAAGACAGUUCUUUAAGAUACUCCAAGUCCCACGAACAUUCUUCGGCUACAGCAGAUGAUCAAAGCAGAACUAAAAGGAAUGCAGUAUUGUCACAGAAAACAUCUGUAGAGGAAGAAGUGGGAGCAGAUGAAGCAGGAGGAAGUGAGCAGUUCCUAAGAGGAAAGGCAGCAGAAGUACCUUUGAAGAGACCUUGUCCACCAGUCUUAUCCUUACGUAGCUCAUCUGAAUCCACAUUUUUGUUGAGAGAGACCGGAAAAGGAGCUGGUCCAGGGGAAGACAGGAAUUUGCUAUACUAUUCAAAGUUAGGAUUAGUGAUCCCAUCUAAGGUAUCUGGUCCUGCGAACCAAAGUAUUGACAGGAGUGGGCCGCUUGUAAAAAGUCUCCUUCGAAGGUCAUUGUCCAUGGAUAGUCAAGUUCCUGUUUAUUCGCCUUCUGUUGACUUCAAGUUUUCUCAAGGAACUUCAGCGGUGAACAACGCACAAGGGAGAAUGUUAAAUGUAAUGUCACAAAAGCCAUCUGUGAAAGAGUCUUCAGGAGAGGCAGCUCCUGAUGACAAGACACAUGUAAUGUACCCCCAUCGCCUUAGGUCCUUUAGUGCCUCCCAGUCUGGAGACAGGGAGGUCGCUUCACCUCUUAGAGAAAUACGGAUAAAAACAGAACCUAGCAGUCCACUUUCAGAGCCUUCUGAAAUAAUAAGAAUUACUGUUGGGGAUGCUUCAUCAUCUUCCAAUAAGAUCAAUGCUUUUAAAACAGAAGAUGAUCAUAAGGAUCUCAGUAGACUCCCAGCUAAAAGGAGGUUUCAAGCAGACAGAAGGCUACCACUCAAAAAAAUCAAAGUGGAUGAACAUGCUUCCCCUGGGUCUGAGGAAAAUUUUGAGGAAAACUCAAAUCCUACACCCCGUGAUGCUGAUUUCCCAGAUUCCGACAUUAGCAAAGAUGAAUAUAGUGAGCUGGAAGAAACAAAGCCCAACAAAAAGUUUAAGUGCAAACAUUGCCUUAAGAUAUUCAGGUCAACAGCAGGCCUUCAUCGUCAUGUCAAUAUGUACCAUAAUCCUGAAAAACCCUAUUCUUGUGAUAUUUGUGAUAAGAGAUUUCAUACAAACUUCAAAGUUUGGACGCAUUGCCAGACCCAGCAUGGAAUUGUGAAGAACCCUUCACCUGCUUCCAGUUCCCACGCUAUCUUGGAUGAAAAGUUCCAAAGGAAAUUAAUUGAUAUAGUGAGGGAGCGAGAGAUUAAAAAGGCCCUGAUCGUCAAGCUAAGGCGUGGCAAGCAAGGUUUUCAGGGACAGGCUGGUUCACAAGCACAGCAAGUCAUCAAAAGAAACCUGAGGUCGAGAACCAGAGGAGCCUACAUAUGUACCUACUGUGGGAAGGCGUAUCGCUUCCUCUCACAGUUCAAGCAGCAUAUAAAAAUGCAUCCAGGGGAAAAAGCAGUUGGAGGAAAUAAGCCACUUAAGCCCAAAGAGGAACCUCGCGUGGAAAGCCCAGUAGAAAACAAAAAAGUUUACCAGUGCCGCCUUUGUCAUGCUAACCUUCCCUCUCUUAUUGAACAGGGGAAUCAUGAGCGGCUCUGCCGGAAUGCAACCGUCUGCCCAUACUGCAGCCUCCGUUUUUCUUCUCUAAGCCUGAAGCAUGACCACGAAAUGGCAUGCGAAUACAAGAAGCUCACCUGCCUAGAAUGUAUGCGCACUUUCAAAUCCUCUUUCAGUAUUUGGCGUCACCAGGUUGAGGUUCACAAUCAAAAUACCAUGGCUCCGACAGAGAAUCUGUCUCUGCCGGUUGUGGAACACAACGGCGAAGUGAGCGGCACUUCCAGGCUGCAUUCUCAGCUGGAGCCAAACAAGACAAACAGCUUCGUUGCAGCCAAAGAAGACAGUGUGUUCAGCGACUCCUCUGAGCAGAUUAAUUUUGACUCGGAAGAUUCCUCAUGCCUCCCCGAAGAUCUGAGUGUCUCCAAGCAGUUUAAAAUCCAAAUCAAAGAAGAGCCUGCAGAUGAUUUAGAAGAGGAGGUCUCUGAAGGCAACCAGGAACACAAGGAAACCAUCUCCAAUAAAGACACUGGCUUGUGGCCUUGUGAAAAAUGUGGGAAAAUCUUUACGGUGCACAAGCAGCUAGAGCGCCACCAGGAGCUUUUGUGUUCUGUGAAGCCCUUCAUUUGCCAUGUAUGCAACAAGGCCUUCCGCACCAAUUUCCGCCUGUGGAGUCACUUCCAGUCCCAUAUGGCACAAGCUACAGAGGAGCCUGUGCGAAAAGAACCUGAGAUUUACGCACCAGCUAAUUCUCCGUCGCCCCCACCUUUGCCUCCUCCCCCACCCCUUCCCAAAAUACAACCUUUGGAACCCGAUAGCCCUACGGGGUUGUCAGAAACUCCUUCAGUUACUGAGAAAUUAUUUGUCCCUCAGGAAUCGGACACACUCUUUUACCACGCUCCACCACUUUCAGCGAUCACUUUCAAAAGACAGUACAUGUGCAAACUCUGCCAUAGGACAUUCAAAACUGCAUUUAGUCUUUGGAGUCACGAACAGACACACAAUUAAAAGAAGAAGAAGGCAUAAAGAAUGCCUACAAGGGAUUUUUAAGAUUUAAUUUACCUGAUGUUUCUGAAGUUACAGCAUUUGAAAUGAAGUUUAUAUAUAUAUAUAUAUAAAGGGACAAGAACCCUCAGCAAUUAAAUUUGACAUUUGUGGUGCAGCUUUGGAUGUGGAGAUUAAGGUAAACUCAAUUUAUUGUUAGUAACUUGGUCACAUUUUAAGGCAUUGUGGUCUAGGAUCUCCUAUUUAAUGAAUAAUUGCAUUCAUUUAAAUCUGGUUACAUGUUCUUCAUCCUGUGAUCCUGGUAUAUAUGGAUUUAUAUAAAAAGGCAACAGCAAGUUAAAAGAGUUUAGAAUAAUGCAAAUCCUGAAAAAUGUUUAUUGUUUUCACAGAGAUUAAUUCUCUCAUGGGCGCCAUAGAAAUAUUACUCAUUCAUUUGAUGUUAAGGAAAGAAAUGGAGAAUUUUGCUGUGUUGACCUUGAUCUUAUUGAACGUUAGCAAUAACAAAUAAAACCUCGUUUGAGUUAACUUUACCCUUAUUGAAAACUGAUUAACAUGGAGUUUUUUGGUUACUGGAAUUUUCUGUAUGGAUAUUGUGCAAGAUACGAUACAAUUAAAUGUUAGCAAUAUGUGAAUAUUUGGAUUUUUAUAUAUAAAGUAGCAGCCAGCCUGCUUCCAGCCAUUUUAAAGCAUUUUUGAAGGAAGAGUAUCAAAAUGAAGAUGCUUUAUUUGGGCCUCAGAGGACGAUAUUGUAUAGAUAUUUUGGUAACUAGACAAUGUGCUAAGCAACUGCCAACUGAUAUCCUAAUGCAAACUAUAUUACUGUUUUAAAUACAAAACAGCAUUGAGUGGAUGUCAAAAAUUAAGUUGUGCUUUGUUUCUUCUGAUUUGUAUUGGUGUGGAUGUGUUUUAUUACAGUGGAAUGUAUGACUAUGCUAGUUCUGAAAAGGAGAAGCAAAUGCCAUUUUUUUGGUGGUGAGCUCUGCUGAGAAUAGAAGAAAGUUUUUUUGGGGGGAAGUUCAGAUGUAAAUAUUUACAUAUGUAUAAGUGAAUAAAAUAAAUACACAGAACCUCUAUUAAAUAUAAAUAGUUUGGAAAGGAAAAUGCAGUACCACAAAUGUAUUCUACAAAUAACGAGCAGAAUGUUUCUCUUACCCUGUAUCAUACUUUGGGUAUCUUUUUUUUUUGUACUUAAAUAAAAAAAAGAUUGUUUAAAGCAUAUGAAGUACAAUCCAAUGCUCACUUAGGCAUGCUUAAGGCCUAUGGGUUGUAUUCAACGCUGUUGUUCCACUUGUACAGCAGGCUUCCACUUGUGCAAUAUAAUGUCCCCCAUUCACCUGCAGACCCCUCAAAAUCUGCUCCAGAGGCUUGGGGGACCCUCCAGAGUAGAUUUUGGGGGAGUAACAGGGGGAUGGUAAAGUUUUGUUGUGCGAGCGGAAUUCUGUCACACAGCGUUUGAUAGGACUCAUUGAUUUUUGUGGGUCUAAUCUUGCAGUAGAUGGUGACAUGCAGUCAUACUUACUGUGUUACGAGCAUGUAAAUUCCACUUCAUCCAGUGCAAUUUACACACACACCUAUUUAUAGGACAGGGGUAGCCAUAUACCUUUUCCAAAGAUCCAUGUGUGCUUAGAUAAUAUGCACAAAUUCUUGUACACAUUAGGGUUCUCAUUCAUUGACUUCACCUGUUGAAAUAAAGGGAGAAACCAUUGGGUAGGCAAGUUCUGUGUGCACUUUGGUACUCAUGCAGUUGGAAAACACUACUGGAAUUGGGUCACUGAGUUGUAGCAGGGCACUUGCUCCAAAAUGGCAGAGUAGCAUCAUUAAUACAGAUAUCUGCCAGGAAGCUCUUACGGUUUUGUUUCCUACUCAGGAAUCGACAUUUAAAACUAAUGAAUUGCUAGUUGCAUUUUAAACUUGAUCUAAGGUAUGAAUGCUGUAGUUGAAUUACUUAGCUUUUGGAUUAUGGGAAAAGACAGUAAACUUUGGUGUUCAGCACCGAGUAAUUAUGAGAUUCAUUAAAAGGAGUGAGAAGGUGGUUCUCGAGUUCGUGUGGAGCGGGAGUAAUAACUGGCACCCCAAUUUUAAAUGAAUUUAUUUUUAAGGAAUUCUUUUGAUAUCAAUAGAAUCAACUUCCAUGGCAGUCCAGAAAGAACAACAACAUAGCACAUUUCCUAAGACUUACUACAUAUUUGUAAAUUAGUCCCAUUAAGUAAUUUUGAUCUAUUUAAUGCCAUUCAUGUGAAAUAUGGUUGGGGUUUUUUUUACUUGUUUUCUGAAGAAUAGUGUAUGAGAAGCUGCUUUUGAAACCCAGCUAUAUAUUAAAAGCAGCUUCUGAUGAAGCAUGGGAAACUGCUCUUCAGAAAUGCAAAUAAAAUAGCUCAUUACCUGUGUGGAUCUUCCAUGGUUCCAUUUUAAGAGCCAACAGGGUGUGAGGCAUACAAAACUUUGAUCUUUCUUUCCUAAACUUUAAGAUUUUGCAUAGCUUUCAAGUAGAAUAAGAACAUCAAGUGAUAAAAGUAUGAGACUUAAUUUCAGAGUUGUGGGUUCGGGCCCUAUGUUGGGUAAAAGAUUCCUGCGCUGCUGGGGGUUGGACGAGAUGAUUAUCUGGGUCCCUUUCAGCUCUGCAAUUCUGUGAUUCUGUGCAGUGUAACAGAAUUCUAAAAGUGGAAGCGAGGCCUAUUACUAGCGAGACCUUUUCUCUUUGUGCUAUAAGCAAAUAUUUGUAUCAAAACUUUGCUUAUUCCAUACUUAAAAGGUAUUUAGGGCAGCUUGCUCAGGGCUUUUCUCACACAUUCCAGCAUUCCUUACCCAUAUCUGUGUGUAGCACAUAAAUACCUUCUGCAGAAAUAGCAGUAGAACCUUUUCCAACUGCUGUGACAAGAGAAAUCUAUGCUAGUUGCAUCUUUUCUCCUUUAGUUUACAUGUUGCAUGUCUCCAUAUGUGUAUCUGCCUAAGGAUGGUCAUGACUACUCAUAUGUAGACGGGAACGGAAAGUGCAACUCAACCUACCUACAGUUUGUCCAUUGGUUUUAUACACAAAACACUAUGCGGUCAAUUACAUUCAUCAGAACUUCACUGAUGUUAGUUAUAGAAUUUGCAUUAAUUUCAAUGGAUUGGAGUCAAUAUCAUCCUUUCUAGAUACCAGUAUUUUAUUCUAGCAGGGCUCCUGUGCCUUUAAGCAACUAUGGGGCAGACAUUUCCCCCAGCUUUGACUCCAUACUGGGAAUAGCUUCACCUAUUGAAUUUCUUCUUACAAGCCCUGCCAAAACCAGGUCCCCCCACCUCAGUCCUAGAAAAGGGAAAUAUGCCUUCAUAGCAGUGCUUUGUUAACUGAAUCCUCAAGCAUCUAGAAAAGGGAAGUACUGGUACUAUGCCUGCCUAAUGGUGCUUCACUAACUUAAUCCUCAAGCAGAAACUUCAACAGGAGUUCUGCUAUAUUACUAUUUGGGUUAUAGUAAGGUAAUAAAACCUAAAUAACUAGGAUUUUAAAGACUACAAUAUGCUUUUUAAGAAAUGGGGCUUUUUCUUAAAAAAUAAUACUAAGGAUUUUUGUUAGUUUCUAAUGUUAGGUCUGUUUUUGUUACCUUUUUCACAUCAGUUCUUGUUUAUUAACUGUUUAAAAAACAACCCUGCCUCUCAGAAUCCUUUUUUGGGUACGUUUUAUAGACAGAUUUUCCCUCUAGGUUUUUAAUCCAAUACUUUAAAGAGCUGUAAGAGUGUUUAUUUUGCUGGACAUGGAAUAAAUAUACUUCUGCUUAAAGAUUAAUAUAUGUUUUAAAAGUUAUAAAUUAUGGAAUAUGUUGCUUAUUAUAUACCUUAAAUCUUCAAGGAAUAUAUUUAGUUUGACCAUAAUAAAAAUAAAAUGAAAACUAUUGAUUUGUUAUUUAUCAUGUUUAAUUCUGCAGUGCUGUAAUGAAAUACUAAAAUAGUCUCAUUCUACACAAGAAAAGGCUUUGGCCUUUUGUUUGAGCAUAUAUUUUUAUCAAAUAAAGUUCACAAUCUCUCAAACUGAGGGAUUUGAGGUAUUAAAAUGAGAAAAAUUUGCAGAUUUUAAAUACAUAUUUUACAAUACUUAUUUAGGUCUGUUGCUAAAAUGGACAAAAUUCAGCCCUGUUCCAAAUAGUCACUUGAAUGAGAAUUUAAUGUCAACAUAUUCAGAAGUAGCCCUUGAAAUUAAAGUAAUUUCAGACUUGUGUAAUAAGAGUAUUCCUCCAGAAAAGCUGAAUCAACAUCUGGAAAUGGACAUUUAAUUCUGAAAGCACCAAUACUUGAAAAGGUGUUUUUGGUUAUAAGCAAGUGCUUUGCUGAAUUCUAUCUACAAAUAAAAAUAUCCAAAUGGUAAUAACUGUGGAAAAACUUCAUGGAAGUAUUUCUCUUAAAAGGCUACAUUUUUUUAGCUAUUUAAACAUACUAAGGAAAUGUAGCAUUACUUUCCCAUUUACCUUUGUUGGAUUUUUCUGUAUGGAAAGGAAGGGUUAUGAAAACAUUUUUUAAAAAAAUAAAUGGAUCCUUAAAUUAUCCCCCCCCCAAAGCAACUAUUGAUGGCUCACUUAGAAUAGCCACACUUAGGUCAAUGGGAUAAUUUCAGAGAAUUGCAUCCGGGUGUCACCCUUGUGAUUAUAUAUUGGGAUACUUUAUUUACUCUCCUAUAUUUACUAGGGGAGACGCGGGGGGCGCUGUGGGUUAAACCACAGAGCCUAGGACUUGCUGAUCAGAAGGUCGGCGGUUUGAAUCCCCACAACAGGGUGAGCUCCCAUUGCUCGGUCCCUGCUCCUGCCAACCUAGCAGUUUGAAAGCACAUCAAAGUGCAAGUAGAUAAAUAGGUACCGCUCUGGCAGGAAGGUACACGGCAUUUCUGUGCGCUGCUCUGGUUCACCAGAAGCAGCUUAGUCAUGCUGGCCACAUGACCUGGAAGCUCCCUUGGCCAGUAAAGCGAGAUGAGCGCCGCAACCCCAGAGUCGGUAACGACUGCACCUAAUGGUCAGGGGUCCCUUGACCUUUUAUUUACUAGGGCAGUGCACAUGAUCUUGCCAGAUAUAAAACCAAAUUCAAGUUGAACUGGGAUGCAGCUGGAUUGUAUUGAGGCAGCCCCAGGUCAGGUCAGGUCCACCUGGAAUGAUCUGGGAGUGUCAAGGGCGGCAAUCUAGCAGCAAGGGCAGGGGCAGAUGUGCAGGCAACCUGCAUGUGUUAUUCUCUCCCCCCCACCUGAAGACCAUGCUUAAUCAGGGUUUUUAAACCUAAUUAAACGCUGUGUACAGACCUGGAUUGGUAGGGACCCAGAUCAGAGUUGGUUCAAUCCCAGAUCAGAUCAGGGCUGCUCCAAAGCAAAUAUUUAUCUCUCUCGCAUUACACAGCUUUCCAAAUUAUUGUAGUAAUUCCUGGAUUCAAAAGUGGGAAAUCCAAAUAAAUUGCAUUUAGCAACAUGGUCAAAACUCUGAACCCAGCAACUUUGAUUCCAAACUAGUUCCAUGUAUUGAUUUAGACCACAACUUCAAUGAAAUUGUUUCAGACAGUUUUUCUGUAUCUUUAGCACCAUGUCUGAAUCCUACUCGGGGUUAGAGCAGGGAUAGGCGAACUCAGCCCUCCAGAUGCUUUGGGACUACAACUCCCAUCAUCCCUGACCAAUUGUCCUAUUAGCUAGGGAUCAUGGGAGUUGUAGUCACAAAACAUCUGGAGGGCCGAGUUUGCCUAUGCCUGGGUUAGAGACACAAAACAUUGUUUUAUAAGAGCUAAAAGUGGUUCUCCCACAGUUAUAUUUGAUUCAGGAGAUCUUUCAGGUUUCUAAAAUUACAAACCUUUCAAACCUGUUUAUCAGCACCAUAGGAAGGCGUAUAUCGUCAUAGGUAACAAUGCCUUUACCAUUUUCUCUGGAAGUGUGUUUUUAUAUCUUCUUCAACCCUAACCCAUUGUCAUUAGCAGCUGGUAUGUGCCUAUAGUCCUCUGUAACAUUGUUUACAUUUUCUUGCCUGAGUAUUAGGGUAAAAUAAACGUACAUUUCUUUUUCCUACAGUGGUAACUAGUUCAUCAGUGCUGAAACCUUGUAUAGAGCUGAACCUUACUGUAAUAGUCUGGGCUGUAGUGUCAUAUACAGGUAACUCGCAGCUUACGUGCAUUUAACUUGUGCACAUUCAACUUUACACUCUUGGCAAAUAAAAACAAAUAAAUAAAAAGGGGUCAUCUGGUGGGGGGGCUUUGGCAAUUCCACUCGCCAUUGCACUCAAUGUGUUUUGACUAUAUGUGAUUUUUGGCUUUAUGUGUUAUUCCUGGAACUUAACCCCUGUGUAAGUUAAGAGUUGCCUGUAUUCUUAUCUCAAAGAUUUUUGUAUGGCUUGACCUGUGAAGGAACACUAUCAAGAUAAGCACUCCAUGAGAUCCUUAACCAUUUUACCACUUUAUAUCAUGAAGAAACUAUCUAAAUUAUAGGCCUCCUAUGGUGAUAAUCAUUUAUUUUUAAAGGGCCACUGUUGUCAAUAGAACUAAAUCUGCUUCUAAUUGCAGCAUUGGCACUUAUAUGGUAAACAAUUAAAUGCCUACAUGUGAAUGUUGCUAAUUCUUUUUAUAGCUCUUGAACCUGAUUGUGUGGACUGCACCAAGUUCUUGUUUUUGUGUUUUACAUUUUAAUUUAGUUUUGCAUUUCACUUUGUUGGUUAUACAUACCGCCAGUUACCUUUCAGCUGUAUGUGAACUGGUUGCUAAUUUAUUUUAUCCCCUUCCUACAGCCAAAGGUCAAAUCUAAAUGGCUUGAGGGAAGUUUCAAAAGAAAAUGAACAAAAAGGCCUACUUUUCUUGAUAGUAUUCCUAUCUACUCUGGGGCUUCUUUAAAAGGGCAACUGGAGUAGCCAUCACCAAUAUGCAGAAAGGACUGUAACUUAACUUCUAUUGACAUUGCUUCUGAUCUCAAACUAAAGAUAUAUACAAAUUUCAUUAAAAAGGUCUGUUUUUAUAAUUAUUUAUAUAUUGUAGGCAUUAUACUGGUUUAAUACAUCUGUGCUGAAUUUUAAGUAGCAAUCCAAUUAACUUUUUUAGGACUGAGAAAUCCUGUUUUCAGAAUCCCUUCUUUUAAUGUAAUGUUGCUGCUUUGUAUUACUUUUCUACUGUAUGUUUUCUUUACCUAGAUCUUUAUUAAGAAAAUUUGGAGUAAAAUAAACAUGUUCUUUCGAGUGA